UUAGUGUGUUGUAACCUAAAAGAAAAAGCGAACGCAGCUGUGUUGAAUUUUAAUCGAACACAGCCCAGCCCAGCAGCCUUGGAAAAGGUCAACAAAGUUUGCGGACAAAUUUCUUCGAAGCACAAUGUUGUCAGCUCAAAGUGUUAAGCUUGCGAAGGUACUACCAAAGGUUAGCUCCCUUGGAGCAGCUGGUGCCCGGCUGAAACACACCCUGCCAGAUUUGCCAUAUGACUACUCGGCACUGGAACCAGUGAUCUCAAGUGAAAUUAUGAAGAUUCACCACCAGAAGCAUCAUCAGACUUAUGUAAACAAUCUCAACGCCACAGAAGAAAAAUUGGCAAAAGCUAUAGCUGAGAAUGAUGUUGAACAGAUAAUCGCGCUCCAGCCUGCCCUGAAGUUUAAUGGAGGUGGUCACAUUAACCACUCAAUAUUCUGGCAGGUACUAAGCCCAAAGGGAGGUGGCAGCCCAACUGGAGAUCUCUUAGAGUUGAUUAAAAGAGAUUACGGAUCAUUUGAUAAAAUGAAAGACAUGUUAACGCAAGCAUCAGUCGGAGUCCAGGGUUCCGGUUGGGGAUGGCUCGGAUUUAACCAAGCUAAUGGAAGACUGAGAAUUGUUACCUGUGCAAACCAGGAUCCUUUGCAACCUACAACAGGUUUUACUCCUUUAUUUGGAAUUGAUGUGUGGGAACAUGCAUACUAUCUCCAAUACAAAAAUGUCAGGCCGGACUAUGUAAAAGCUAUUUUUGAUGUUGCAAACUGGGAAGAAGUGGGAAACAGGCUGGCCCAAGCAAGACUGAAUGCAUAGUUUUAUUAAUAAAUGGAACAGUAUUUCUUUGUCUUAAAAUAUAACAUUUGUCUUAAGUGCAUUUUUGGUCAGUAAUUAAUCUGCUGUAUUUGAGGUUAAAAAUGACUUUAUAAUAAUGGGAAAGUGAAAUAAUCAAAUAAUUUUCUUUUGGCUGGUUCCUAAAGCUAUAAAAUGUUAACAGACACUUAAAUACAUGCAUAUAACCUUUGAAUUUUGCUGCAGAUGUUGUUCUCAGUGUAUCAUAGUUGUGGAAUAGAAAUAAGAAAUGCAGUGUGUUUUGACAGUUUGAUAAUCAUCUUGCCUCAGACGGCAAUUAAAAUUAAAAGACAUAAUUGGAAGCUUGUACUAUGGAACUGAUUGACUUUUUUAUGCAGUCUGAAUAAUAUACAUGUAUGCAUAUAAUCAAGUGUAACCUUUGGCCCAGGGAGAGAAAAUAAAUCUUAUUGUUAAGAGCGUGUCUUUGAAUUUUUGCAUGUUCUGUAUAAACACCAAAACUGAAAGCUUUCUCAUUUAAAGCUACUCGCCAAAAGUUUUGGUGAAAUUUUUCAACAUGUUCAUUUCCAUCAAGUUUGGCUUAGAAUGUAUAUAUGACACUAAAAAUGAUAAAGUGGGUGAAAAUAAAAGUUAGAUGCUGGUAAAAUUGCAAGAAGAAUGUAAAUUUUCUGCAUUAUUUCAAAAGUGUUGCAACGGUUGACUUAACCUCCUGUACAAUAUUUUUGGUUAUUUAUAAGAAAAUCUUGCAAAAAUCUUAUGUCAGUUAGUUUGUACCUCUAGUCACUUUCAGAGUACUUCUCACUUUUUAUGGAUUUUUGAGAGAAAUAUUUUUUGCCCAAAAUGUGUGAGUUAGUCCCUUUAAAGGAACUUUCGGUAUAGAACUAAACAGAUACUGGUAGCAUUUAUAAUUCUGGAUGUCAAUUAGCAAAAGUUAAGUCUGAAAUUGAAGCAAAAUCUAGCGUGGAAAUGCAUCCCUGUUAUAGUUCCUCCCAUGGAAUAUGCCCAGUUUACUGGAAUAUGUCAUAUUGCAAUGGACUAUGUUUGUGUUUGGGUUUUAUCAAUAAAAUUGUAUUUUGUUAAUUUCUGAUAUAAAUAUUCUAGAUUCUUAGUUUUCCAAGGUUGAGCUUUCAUACAUGCUUAAACAGUAUUCCUCGGUGUAUGGUCUUAAAGAAGAUGGAUUUGUACCAGUCAGUAAAGAUAUGUUUAUGUUUUUUAAAGGCAGUAUUUGGUGCAGUAUAAUAAUAUGAUAUUGAUGAAGUAGAGUUUAAGAUUGUACAAGGUUAUAAAACUUUAGUUUGGAGACCAGUCUCAUCCUCUGAUUGGCUGAUUCUAAGUACAAUCUCUGAAAAUUGACCAAUGAUUGCAUUGUAUUCUGAAACUGGUUGCCAACCUUAGCUUUAUAAACAUGGAACCAGGAACUUCAUUGUCUGCAAAGUUUUCUAUCACAUACACACUGUGAGAUGGUCCUGGCAUUUAAGUUGUUGCUAAUCAUCUAUUUUAUUCACAGGCUUAUUUGAGUUUCUGCUGUAUAUAUAAAUGUAAAUGAAGAAAAUUGUUGAAAUUUG